AUGCCGGAUCAACAGUCUUCAGCAGCCAGCGCGGACAAGGCUCCGCAGCACCGUAUGCAGUAUCACCGCCUCGGAAAUAGCGGCCUCAAGGUCUCCCGAAUAAUUCUCGGCUGCAUGACUUAUGGCAAUCCAAAUUGGGAAGGCUCGCCAUGGGUUCUAAAUGAAGAACAAUCCUUACCGCUGCUCAAGAAGGCAUUCGACAUGGGAAUAAACACAUUUGACACCGCAAACACCUACUCCAACGGAAUGUCAGAAACAAUUAUCGGCAAAGCAUUGAAAAAAUACCACAUACCGCGGAGCAGGGUAGUUAUUAUGACCAAAAUAUACUAUCCAGUCCUAGAGGACAAACCAGACGCACGCCCAAACCCGGCGAUCAAUGAUGGGGAUCUAGUGAAUGAAAUGGGGCUUAGCCGGAAACAUAUCUUCGAUGCCGUGCAGGGAUCCCUUCGACGGCUGGACACGGGUUAUAUCGAUGUGCUUCAACUUCAUCGGCUGGAUUCUGAGACACCACCCGAGGAGAUAAUGCGCGCACUACACGAUCUGGUGUGCAUGGGCAAGGUUCGUUAUUUGGGGGCAUCGAGUAUGCACUGUUGGGAAUUCGCACGGCUGCAGUAUGUGGCGAAGAUGAAUGGAUGGACGCCGUUCGUUAGUAUGCAGGGGCUUUAUAAUCUCCUUUAUCGGGAAGAGGAGCGAGAAAUGAAUCCAUUCUGUGAGGUGGAGGGCGUUGGACUGAUACCUUGGAGCCCGCUUGCGAGGGGCCUUCUGGCGAGACCGUGGCAGGAGAAGUCUGUUCGCGCGGAUCAAGAUCAGAAGGCAAAGCAAUGGUUUGUCGGCGAUCAGAAUGAGCGGAUCGUUAAUCGCAUCGAAGAAGUCGCACACAGUAAGGGCUGUGCGAUGAGCUCUAUUGCGAUGGCUUGGUUGUUACAGAAGGGUGCUUGUCCGAUCGUCGGCCUGAAUAGUAUUGCAAGGAUUGAGGCUGCACUCGAGGCGUUAGAUGUUGAGAUGACGAUAGAUGAAUUGCGGUACAUCGAGGAGCCCUACCAGCCCUUGGCGGUGCAAGCAAUAUGA